ACGGUUGAUUUCUGUUCAUCCUUUCGUCUUUUCUGCAACUAUGAAUUAGAAAAGACAGUUCCACAUGGGAGAAUUUACAUAUAGAAUAAGACCUUCGAUCUUCCAUUUUCUUUUCCAAUAAAAAUGAGGAAAUUUUUUUCCUGAAUUUUCAUUUUUCCUUUCUCGAUUUUCUUUCUGGGUUUUCCUUUUAACAAUGAGGAGCAUAACAUCUUGUUACAUUGAAAAAGCCAUCAAAGUAUCAGAUUCUUAUUGUUCAUGGCCUUCAAUUAAUCAAGCUUAUAUAUCACCCAACCAUGUUCCUUCAACCCCAAACACUGUAACAUGCAUAUACAAAGCUAAAACCAGUCCCCAAACACACCUUUUCAUCACCCUCACAUGGUGUAAUAUAAGCCAAGGCUUAUCGAUCAAGGUUAGUGACAACUUAAACCGCAUCUCCGAACCUUAUCAAUUGAAGAACAACAAAGGUAACAAAGGGUUCAAAGCGUGUAAUUCGGAGAUUGAAGUCAUUUGGGAUGUUUCCAAUGCCGAGUUCAUCAAUGGAUCACCGGAACCAACCAGUAAGUACUCACUCAUCGUGUUAGUCGACUCACGUAUCUGUUUCUUACUCGGCGAUAACAUAGACGAAAAGGCUGACCCGUCGUUCAACUUGAUAUCGAGAACGGAAACUUUUAUAGCCAACACGGUUUAUUCGACCAAGGCAAGGUUUUGUGAGAGUGGGUUGGCUCAUGAUAUCUUAAUAGAGUAUUGUAAUGGAGGGGAAUUGUGUGUAAGUAUUGAUAAAAAGGAAGUGUUUCAAGUGAAGAGAUUGAAGUGGAAUUUUAGAGGGAAUCAAAUCAUAUUUUUGGAUGGAUUAUUAGUGGAUAUGAUGUGGGAUUUGCAUGAUUGGGUGUUUAAGCAAACAAAUGGGAGAGCUGUGUUCAUGUUUAGGACAAGGAGUGGGUUUGAUAGUAGGCUUUGGUUAGAAGAAAAAAGUGGGUGUUUGGAACAUAGUGACAAAGGAAGAGGUCAUGAGUUUUCUUUGUUGAUCUGUGCUUGUAAGAAUCCUCGUUAAUUUCUUUGUUGUUUUUUUUUUUUAAUUAUGAUUUAAGAAGGAUAUAGAUGGUUAAUUUGGUGAUUAUAGGGGACAUUAUAUGCUUAAGAGAUUGAAAUUUGUAAAUGAAACUGAAAUAUUUUUUCA